AUGAAUACAUUUGUAACAAUUAUGUGUUUUGCUUUGGUAGCAAUGGCAGCAGCCAAACCUGGCUACAACUAUCAACAACCAGAUGUAAAACAAACAUUCCGUCCAUCAGCACCAAUAAGUAACAAUGGCAUUUACUCAGGCCAACAGGGUCCAACUCAACAACAAUUUGCUACUCCUGUCCAACAAUAUGUUCCAUCAGCUCCUCAAUUUGCUGGCCCAUCUCCUCAGUAUGUUGCUCCCGUACAACAACAAGCUGUAUAUGCUCCUACUGCUCAUGUCGCUUCCUCCUCUCAGUACAAUUAUCAACCUCAACAACAAACCAUUGUCUCAAAGGAUAUCUACAUUCACUCUGCUCCUGAGGAAACCGAAGAAAUCGGAAACGAUCUUGGUGUUGAAGCUGGACCCCUCCGCAAGAACUACCGCAUUGUGUUCAUUAAGGCCCCAAGCCAAAACUUGAAACUUAACUUGGACUCUCUCAAGCGCGCUCAAGCUUCCAACGAAGAAAAGACUGUCAUCUAUGUGUUGUCCAAGAAACCCGACCUUGCCAACAUCCAAAGCCAAUUGUCUGCCGUUCAAACCGAACAAAAGGCCCACAAACCCGAAGUUUACUUCAUCAAGUACAAGACUCAAGAAGAAGCCAACCGUGCUCAACAAGAAAUCCAAGCCCAAUACGAUGCCUUGGGUGGUUCCACUCGCAUUUCCGAUGAAGGUAUCGCUCCCGUCACAUCGGUCAUUGGUGGUGGUCCCGUUAACAUUGGCUCAGUUGGUCCUUCUUUCGCCAGUGGCUCAAGUAAUGUUCCUGUUUUCUCCAGUGGUUCAGUUAAUGGUCCUUCUUUCGGUGGCAGCUCCAACUUUGUGCAAUCUGCCAGCAGCAACCAACAGCAAUUCGUGCAACAAUCUUUCCAAGGUAGCCAAGGUUCUGCUUCUAAUGUUAGCUUUGGCGUUGAAGCUCCCAACCACAAGUACUUGCCUGCUCAAAAGAAAUAG